AUGCUAAUCAUAGUCGCGAAAUAUAACUGCGGUUUGGCUGCUCUUGCCGGAGCCUUCAUACCCAAAGACUGCAGUAAACAAGCUCGUGACCUCUCUCCAUUGGGAGUGAGCAGUAAUUUCAGAAAGUUCCGUACUGUCAGAGAAAUUGUAGGAGACGAUAUUGUCGAAUAUUAUAACGUGGCCGUUGAAGAAUGGGCUACGAAGAAUAUCGUUCCGCUCGAAUCUGAUGUGAUCUACAAGGAUAAAAGCAUGGAAGCUUUUGCUAAUGUGAGAUGCCCAAUGUUACGUCGUUAA